GAAUGGACCUUUACCGUCUAAUACUAUAAACAACUCUCGUCCCCUUUGCUCCCGCCCUCCACCCAUUCUUAUGGCAUUUCCUCUCACGUAUCGUCAACGAUAGCUAUAUCGCCUUCACUAUUACACAGGCUACACGAUAUCGAUUCUUUAUAAAGAAUGAGCGUUCGUGACGCUUACAAUGAACCCACGAUCACCAACGACGAUAUUUCUGGGCGGGAAGAAUCGAUGCCCCCGCCCUCCCUUGAUAACAAUGGAAGAGUUAAAAUCAAGCGGAAGGAGGUCAAGAAGAGUGGGUUUGGCUUGGCUUUAUUGAGCUUUCAGACCCUUGGCAUCGUUUACUCCGACUUAGGAACAUCACCGCUCUAUGUUUUGAAUGGUAUAUGGCAUAGUAAUGACAAUUCUCCUCCGAAGGAAGAUGUCAUUGGAGGUGUGAGCGCGAUUAUAUGGGCUUUAACACUCUUACCGUUGAUAAAAUAUGUUUUUAUCACUUUGAAGUUUGCGACUGAAGAAGGAGAGGGCGGUACUUUUGCUCUGUAUCAGGGCCUAUACUGCUCCUCGAGACCUAAAACUAGGGGAAUCUCCAAAACAUCAUUCAUGGACCGAUUACGGUGGCCCCUUUUGAUAUGGGCCCUUUUCGGAACCUCGCUGACAAUAGCGGAUGGCAUACUGACUCCCGCAGUCUCUAUCGUGGCUGCCAUCAGUGGAAUAGGUAUUCCUCACCCCCGGAUCUUGAAUAGCUUGAAGCCGAUAUCAAUCGCGAUAGUAGUAGUAUUUUUUCUCUGGCAACGGUUCGGGACAUGGAAGUUGGCUAUAACAUACGGGCCUAUUGCCUUUAUAUGGCUUCUCUUACUCGCAGUAACGGGGAUAUGGAAUAUAUGCCUAUAUCCUGGAAUAUUUCGUGCUUUCGACCCAUCGCGAGCUAUAUUGUUCUUCAUUCGAACCAAAAAUUAUGAGCUCCUUGCCGGCGUGCUCUUGGCUUUGACUGGAUGCGAAGCUAUGUUUGCAUGUGUCGGCCAUUUCAAUGCGCUAUCCAUUCAACUCUCUUUCACCCUCUUCGUGUACCCCGCGCUCGUCCUCACAUAUCUUGGUCAAGGUGCUGCUCUUAUCGUCAAAGGCAACGUGGUCCUGGACAAUAUUUUCUAUCAAACAAUACCAGGACCCGUAAACGGACCACUUUUCUGGAUUAUGUUCACGAUGGCCAUUCUUGCAGCGAUAAUUGCUUCGCAAUGUCUGGUCACUGCAACUUUCAGUCUAAUUCAGCAACUCGUUAGCGCAAAUUGCUUUCUCCCUCUCCGUAUAUACCACACUUCCAACACCCACCAGGGCCAGAUUUAUGUGCCUGCGGCUAAUUGGUUGCUUAUGAUCGCCUGCAUCAUCGUUCUCGCAGCUUUCUCGGACACAAGGAGUCUGUUGAACGCUUUCGGAUUCGCAGCUGCCACGGUGAUGUUUACGACAAGUGUUCUGCUUGCCGUUCAAAUGCACGUGGUGAAACGGUGGCCAGUCAUCGUGGGAGUCGUGUACUUGCUCACUUUUGGCGCCCUGGAUGCGCUGUUUUGGGGCGCAUCGUUCGAGAAAGUACCCCAUGGUGCUUGGGUUCCCCUGAUGAUCGGUCUCAUUUUGACAGUACUGAUGUGUCUAUGGGCUUGGGGGAAGACACUUGAAGAUCGCUUUGACGGGAAAAAUGUGUUGGAGUUGCCUGGGUUUGCAGUUGAGCAGGACCGUGCGCUCGCUCAACUGGCACAAGAGCUUACACUCGCUGAUGAUGCGUCGGGGGAGCAUUACGCUUUUUACGUGCCGGAAGUCACAGAGACGGCUGCUGUACGGGACAUGGUUGGGCUCUCUCGCGUCAGAGCAAGAGGAGACAGGGAUGUCAAGUAUGACAAUCGCGAGCUUAUGCGAAUACCUACUUGUGCUGUGUUCCAUCGCUAUGUCGCAGGAAGAGGUUUUCCUCAUGCCUUUUCUGCUUUCGUACGGCAAUGGCCUGGGGUCCCCCAAGUGUUGAUUUUCCUUUCUGUAACUAUUUUGCCCACUCCGAGCGUCCCUGAGCAUCAACGGUAUAUCGUUUCAAAACUGGGUUCAAUGGAAGGGUUUUAUUCUAUCACUUAUCAACUAGGAUUUCGCGAUCCAUUUGACGUUAAGGUCGAUAAUCUGUUACCUGCACUAUAUUCAUUUGAAAGAGAACACGACCCGGAGUAUGGAGACGUGGCUAUUGAAAGACUAAAAGCAGUGUCGGGUUCCUUAACCCAUAUUGUUCCACAGUAUAAUUUGAAAAGCCGUGAUGUCUUUGCGCCGUCAAGAGGGGGCUUUGUUUUGAACUGGAUUCGUAGAUAUUUGAUAGAGGAUGUUUAUCAACGUCUGUCCGUGAUGUUUCCGGAUACGAUAAACUGGCGUACUGCGCCAGAUCAGUUGGUUCAUGUUGGAAUAACUGCUGUCAUCUAGUAUUGCACUUCGAUUGUAUUAAUGGUUACGCUCCCACAGGUGUGGGCUGUACGACUUUAGGGAUGGACCGCUUGGUACGAUAUCAAUGUAUACUUACCUAUGACGCUGGAUAGACCUUGUUGCGUGUUUUCUAUCAUUUAGGGUAUGUUCACAGCGUAGAAAACUGAUGAAUGUUGGUGACAAUCCUAAGUUUGAACGUUUGAACCCCCGC